AAAAUUGACUCGAUAAGGGGAAGCCCUCGCCACGCGCGUGGGUUCCACCCCGCCCCUGCUUUUUCUUACACACAGAUAUCUCUGCUUCGGGCAUCAUCGUCUCGGACAGAUACGCAGGGCGCAGCUAGAACGCCAAGAACAGCGAAAGGGAAAGUAGCAGCAGCAGCAGAUCAAGAAAAGCUCCCCAGAAGAACCCAAGAUCCAAUUCGUCCAACACCCAGAAGGGGAGCAAGCCCCAGCAGAAUCAUCAUCACUGUCUCCCAGACCAAGAGCCUGGUCAGCGACCCGGAAAGGCAAGAAUCGAACGACCCUUUUGUCCCCUUCGGUCGUUCUUGUCGGGGGAGCCCCUCCCUCUCUCUCGCCAUGGCCGACAAGGAAGAAGAGCCGCCGCCGCCGCCUCCGUCCCCCACCGCCGCCGCGGCGCAGCAGGCGCCGUCGUCGUACCCUCUGAUCCUCAAGAUCAUGAGCAAGCGGCGGACCUGGGCGUGCCUCUUCGUGCUCGUGUACGCCGCCCUCCUGUCCUCCUCCUGGAACUCCCUCAAGUCCAUCCUCGCCUGGUACAGGUCGCAGGCCCACCAGCACCCGUCGUCCGGGUGGCCCGCGCUCUACGCGUCGGUGCUCCUCGGCGCCGUCUUCGGGGUGCUCUCGAUGGUCGCCGCCCUCGCCGUCGCCGUCCCGGCGAUGCUGGUGACGUGGAUAUCGGUCGUGGUGCUGCUGGCCUUCUUCGGGAAGCCCAAGAGGGCUCUGGUCCUGGAAGGGAGGAAGAUAACGAAGGAGAUCGUUGGGCUGGUGUGCAAGGUUCUGCUCAGGGAAGGGAAUAUUGUGGCUGCGGUUUGUGCUGUUCUUGGGUACUUCGCUCUUGUCAAGAGGAACGCUGAGGGUGACUGAUGUGAUAGAAUUCGAGCCGUGACACGUUCAGGUCGGUGGAUUAUUCAUUUUCUUGGGAAGAAAUUAGGGAUUUGGGGGUUCUUGGCGAGAGACAAUUGGGAAAGUUCACUUUUUUUUUUCUUUGGGUCUUCUUUGUGACGAGUUCUUGUUUUCCCUUUUUUUGGGGGGUGAGAGGAGGAUCUUGAAAUGGGUAUGCUCAGAAGCGAGGGAACUCCCUGUAACUUUCGAUGGCUAGCUCUUGUAAAUUCUUGCCAAUAUCACGAUCUUGCUUGCUGAGUCUCGUAUUUUGAUGA